AUGGGCUUCGCUUUGAAGAGGCCUGAUGAUGCCGUGGGCUCUGCUGCCCCGGCUAUUCUCAUCGGAUUGUUCGUUGCAUUCGGUGGUGUUCUUUUCGGAUAUGACACAGGUACCAUCAGCGGUAUUCUCGCUAUGAAGUACUGGCGUGAGACCUUCUCAACCGGCUACGUCAACCCCAAAGAUGGCAUUCUCGAUGUUACCUCCUCUCAAUCCUCCAUGAUCGUCUCUCUCCUCUCCGCUGGUACCUUCUUCGGUGCCCUCUUCGCCGCCCCCAUUGCCGACAAGUUCGGUCGUCGCCUGGGUAUGAUUAUGGAGAGCUUCGUCUUUGUCUUCGGUGUCAUUCUUCAAACAGUUGCCACUUCCAUCCCUCUUUUCGUUGCUGGUCGUUUCUUCGCCGGUCUGGGCGUUGGUCUCCUCUCUGCCACCAUCCCCCUGUACCAGUCCGAGACCUCCCCCAAGUGGAUCCGUGGAACAAUCGUCGGUGCUUACCAGCUGGCUAUCACCUUCGGUCUUCUCCUCGCUGCCAUCGUCAACAACUCCACCAAGGACCGCAUGGACACUGGCUGCUACCGCAUUCCCGUCGCGCUCCAGUUUGCCUGGGCCAUCAUCCUCGUCGUCGGCAUGAUCCUGCUCCCCGAAACUCCCCGUUUCCUCAUCAAACAAGACCGCUACGAAGAGGCCACUAAGUCUCUCGCCCGUCUCCGCCGCAUGGACGUCAACGACCCCUCCGUUGUUGCCGAGCUCGCUGAGAUCCAGGCCAACCACGAAUUCGAAAUGCGCCUUGGAGCAGCCACCUACCUUGAGAUCUUCAAGGGAACUCUCGGCAAGCGUCUCGCAACCGGUUGCGCAGUCCAAGGUCUACAGCAGCUCGCCGGUGUCAACUUCAUCUUCUACUACGGCACCACCUUUUUCCAGAACUCCGGCAUCCAGAACUCCUUCGUGAUCACCCUCAUCACAAACAUCAUCAACGUCCUCUCCACCUUCCCCGGUCUGUACAUGGUUGAGAAGUGGGGCCGUCGUCCUCUCCUUCUGUUCGGUGCAGUCGGCAUGUGUGUCUCUCAACUCAUCGUCGCCAUCGUCGGCACAGCCGUCGACUCCGACGUCUCGAACAAGGUGCUCAUCGCCUUCGUCUGCAUUUACAUCUUCUUCUUCGCCAGUUCCUGGGGUCCCGUCGCCUGGGUCGUCACUGGUGAACUGUUCCCUCUCAAGGCCCGCGCCAAGUGUCUCUCCAUCACCACUGCCACCAACUGGCUCCUCAACUGGGCUAUUGCCUACGCCACCCCUUACAUGGUGAACAGCGGUCCUGGCAACGCCAACCUCCAGUCCAAGGUCUUCUUCAUCUGGGGCGGUUUCUGCUUCAUCUGCGCUAUCUUCGUUUACACCUGUAUCUACGAGACCAAGGGUUUGUCCCUUGAGCAGGUCGAUGAGCUUUACGCCAAGGUUCCCCGUGCCUGGAACUCUGUUGGAUGGGUUCCUUCCGUCCACUACACUGAUGUUCGUGACGUUGCUGGUGAGAAGUCUGGCGAUCUUGCUCAGCUUGAGAUUGAUGCUGGCGAGAAGCGCGCUGAGGGUGCUACCCACCUUGAGAGCGUUGGUGCUAAGGCUGAUGUCUGA